AUGGAUUGUCCGGACGUAGUCGCACAGGCCUUUCAAACUCUAACGGGCACCACGUGGGACACCGAUCACUACGAUGCAGCCUUGCAAGCACAAUGUGACCGCAGUCUACGUACGCACGUGUGCCCAGAUUAUGGGGGGGUCUCACAGAAACUCUGGAUUGCUGCCCGGGCGUGUAUCCGAGAACGGAAACGAACCAUCAUCAACCUAGUUCUACGCACCGGCCUUGUUCCCCCGAUCCUUGGACGCAAACAGAUGAUCUACGUCACCAAAUCGACCACUGUCCACGGUGUGGUAAACCUCGACCCCGUCCUUCGUCCUUGGCACCUCAUCACGCAAUCCAAAAGCCGUGCGGAUGUCAAUCUGACUGGCUCCCAGAAAAUGGGCCAUGAGCUGGCGGGGAAGGGAGGGGACGUUUGCGAUGAGGAGGGAGGUGAGCACGGUGGCGUCCUGGACAGUGCGAUCCCGCUGAAAACCAUGUUGCAUCUCCCCAUUGGGAAGGCAGGGGGAGAUCCACAGCCAAAGGCUGUACCAAUUCCUCCGGAUUGCCAACGACCGUGGCUCGACAUCCUCAUGGAAUCCCUUGAGUCCUACCAAAUCGAGAGUGGCCUCACUGACCACCCACUUGCAUUCCGCAUCCCCCCACCUGCCUCCGACACUACAUUUCUCGGUACACUACUCCGCGACCUUGCAACCUUCCAACCUGCCCUCACCAUCACCACGCACUGGCACCAACCCCCCGCUAGCCGUCCCCACCGCCCCAAUGACCGCCCUAUCUGGCCUCACCUCACUCCAGCGCUCGGCACUACCCUCAUCUCCAUCAACCGCUCCCACGCCAACAAAGUCCGGUGGGUCGGUGAUAUCACCAACGAAAAGGGCACGAUGCUGCUCAACCUUCCAUCCCUCCCCACCAAAUAUGGCUGGACCCGCGCAACACUCCAACGCUUCACCCCCAUCUGGGAUGCCAUCCCCACAGCUACACCACACAACCCACCCCCUAUACUCCGGCAACAGACUAUACAGUGGGGUUCUCAACAUUCCGGUCAGCCGCUGCCCCCCCUCUGCCGACUCUACCACGACCCCAUCUCCCCUACCUGGACCAACCCCUAG